AUGCCCUCUGUGCUGGAGAGCGCAGCCCUCAGUCUGUGGGGAGACAUGAGCAGAGGCGGUUCCUCCGUGGGCCUGGGCCUUGGUUCCGCUGGACUACGGCACCAAAGCGCGACGAAGAGGAGCCGUGUCUUUCCCCACACCUGCCUGCUGUCUGCCUCGGUGCCCCCGCCAUCCCCUGCCCGCAGCGCGUGCCUCAGGGGCUCCCUCCGGCUGCCGUCGCUGACCACUGUAAGCCCCCUGCGCCAGAAGACCGCCUCGGCGGAGAGCAGUGUCAGGAAGGCUUUGCUGUACACUCCAGGAGAGCGCGCAGUUAUCGAGGGGUUUACGCGGAACUGCUGCCGACCUGGCCGCAAAAAGCCCCCACCUCCAAUUCUGCGCAAGUCAUGUGACGCAGGAGGGCGAAUCCAGAGCUCCCCGCCAGUAUACAUGCACUUCUCUUGCCCAAUCAGACCGGCCACAAAGCUUUCGGUGAAGCCGCUGCGCCAGAAUCUGUCCCUGUCAACAGAGCAAAGGGAGCUUCGCCCCUUGGUGAUGCAGUACCGGCAAGCCCCACAAGGGGGAACUCUAGCUGUGAGAGGAAAGCACUGCCUCCCAAGGCCUCCUUCUCCCCCAGUUACCACUGAGCCUGCUCGCACAGAGCUACAUGUAUUCCUGCCAACUGAGGGGGCAGGAGAGGAAGGGGACAAUGAGUCCGUGGACGAGGGGUUCAUGGAUGAGCUGGAUAGCAAGGUGACUUCUCUGAAGAACCACCAGGGGGAGCCCAAGACUUCUGCUCAUCCUGAUAAUGCCUUAUACUACUGAACGGGGCAACCAACCAGCGACUCAUUUUCUAGCAUAGUAAAUGUUUAUAAUCA